UAAUCAAAUUAAAAUAUUACAGGUACAAUUGGAAUUACGCUUGCAGUAGGGUGGAAUGAGCCAAAUUCAAGAUCAAGAGAUGAUGCUGCAGCAGCAAAUAAAGCAAUGCAAUUCUCAGUUGGACUUUACGCUAAUCCAAUUUUUUCAUUCGACGGCGACUAUCCGAAAAUUGUGAAAACAGCGGUAGCAAGUCGAAGUGCUUUGGAGGGAUUUCCUUAUUCACGCCUUCCGGAAUUAACAGAUGAAGAGAAAAAGUACAUUAAAGGAUCAUCGGACUUCCUUGGAAUCAAUUACUAUUCAACGUCAAUGGUAUCAUCUAAAAAAAAUGAUCCCAUUGGAGAAACAAGCAAGAAUAAAGAUAUUAGUGUUUUAUCAUCGAUUAAUACUAAUAACAGGGAUGCUCCAUGGGGAUUCAGAAAAGUAUUACUGUGGCUCAAUAGUCAAUAUAGAUAUCCAAUGUAUGUUACUGGAAAUGGCUAUUCGGAUGAGGGUGGAAUUAACGAUAACCAACGAGUUAAUUAUUAUCAGACGCAUCUUAGUGCCCUUCUUGAUGCCCUAGGCAAAGGAGCAAAUAUAAAAUCCUAUACGGCGAGGAGUUUACUGGAUAGUUUCGAAUGGCUUGAUGGCUAUGUAAAUCGGUUUGGUAUCUAUUCUGUCAACAUGUCAGAUCCUGCACGUCCCCGAACUGUUAAGAAAUCUGGACAGUUUAUCAAAAGUGUGAUUGCUACCAGAAAAAUUGGAAAAGCAUAUUCUAGAGUUGGUAGUGAUCGUAGCAUCAGUUUUUAACUCUUAUAGGAAACAAUUUGAAAGUAAAUCAAUUUCACUUUGUUUUGUUACAUAUCAUUUGUAACAUAAUAAAGCAUGAGAACUCAAUAAAUAUUGUUUGUUAUUCAA